UUGGAGAUUCCCUCUCUCUUCUCUUCUCUCUCUCUCUCUCUCUCUCUCGCUCUCUCUCUCUACUUUCUCUCUCUUCUGAAACUGAAACCGAAACUGAGAUCGAAAGACUUCCCUUUGUUCAAGCGAAGAAUCUGAACUCAAAAGUGGAGAAGAGAACCCCAACGCCAUCAUCUCUCCUACGAAGAUUCCUCUCUCUCUGUCUCCCUCUUUUAACGAUGCUCAAUUCUCAGCUCUUCUUUCCCUCCGAUCCAUUGCCCUCCCUCCCUUUCUCUUCUGUCCUUUCUCCUUUCCCACCUCCCCUUUUCGCGCCGGUCAUCGGCUUCUAUAGAGUGGUUUUGCUGUUCAGCUCAUGGCUCCUCCUCCUCCUCCGCCGCCGACCAUCAAUCAUCUGGCGCAGCCCUGUAUCUAUGGGAAUUUCGUUUCUUCAGAGAGAAAAUCCCGUUUUAUGAAGUGGCUGAGUAAACUCUUUAAGGGUGGAUCCAGUCGAGGGGGGGGAGCACGCUAUCCUCAAUUUCUUGGUGAUGAGAACACGGUCUGGUGUGCUCCUUCUAGAGCAGUGGAUGAUUGUCCUAGGACUGACAAGGAAAAGGAGGAACUCGAUCAUGCAAUUGCUCUUUCUUUGGCUGAAGAUUUAAGGAGACAAAAUGGAUUCCGACGGCGAGCAGACAAUGAUGAAGAUGCAGCUAAGGCACUACAGGAUAACGUAAAUUUACCUUCAUGUCCUCCAUAUGCCCCUGCCAGUCAUGAUAGUUCAAAUUUACCAUCAUAUCCUCCAUAUGCCCCUGCCAGUCAUGAUAGUUCAAAUUUACCUUCGUAUCCACCAUAUGUUCCUGCCCAGCAUUAUCCCAGAGUGGGAUACAGAUUAUGUGGAGGGUGCCACCGAGAUAUCGGCUACGGCAACUAUUUGGGGUGCUUGGGAACUUUCUUUCAUCCUGAGUGCUUCUGCUGUCGUGCUUGUGGAUACCCGAUAACUGAACAUGAGUUUUCGUUGUCAGGAAGGGAUCCAUACCACAAGACUUGUUUCAAGGAGUUCACGCACCCAAAAUGUGAAGUUUGCCAUCAAUUUAUCCCAACUAAUGGAGCCGGUCUGAUUGAGUACAGAUGCCACCCCUUUUGGUCUCAAAAGUAUUGUCCAUCACACGAGCAUGAUAACACGGCUCGUUGUUGCAGUUGUGAGCGUCUAGAGUCGUGGAAAGUAAGAUACAUCUCUCUUGGAGAUGGACGGAGUCUAUGCUUGGAGUGUAUGGAAUCCUCUAUAAUGGACACGGGUGAUUGUCAACCUCUCUACCAUGCAAUCAGAGACUACUACGAGGGAAUGAAUAUGAAGCUGGAUCAGCAAAUUCCCAUGCUUCUUGUUGAACGACAAGCGCUUAAUGAAGCUAUUGUUGGGGAAAAAAACGGCAACCAUCACAUGCCUGAGACCAGAGGUUUAUGUCUUUCUGAGGAGCAGACUGUCACCAGUAUCCUUAAACGGCCACGGCUUGGAGGCCACAAGCUUGUUGGAAUGAGAACACAUCCCCACAAGUUGACCCGGAGAUGUGAAGUCACAGCCAUUCUGGUUCUCUAUGGUCUUCCAAGAUUGCUCACAGGCGCUAUUCUUGCCCAUGAGCUAAUGCACGGAUGGUUACGUCUAAAAGGGUACCGGAAUCUAAGUCCCGAAGUUGAAGAAGGAAUCUGUCAGGUGCUCUCGUACCUGUGGCUUGAGUCUGAAGUGGUGCCAGGGCACAGGAGCACCCCUUCUACUUCCACAGCCUCAUCUUCUUCAUCGUAUACAUCAUCUUCGAAGAAGGGUGGGAAGUCUGAUGUGGAGAAGAAGCUCGGGGAGUUCUUCAUGCAUCAGAUCGCUCACGAUGCUUCACCUGCGUAUGGGAAAGGCUUCCGGGAUGCUAAUGCCGCGGUAAACAAGUAUGGUCUCAGAUGCACCCUCGAUCACAUUCGCUUGACCGGGAACUUCCCCCUGUGAAGAUGGGGAAGAUUAUACAAAGCGUAAACGGUAAGUCCCCUGGUGCCUCGUCAAUCCUGUCCUUGACAUAUUGAUUCAUCAUUGUGUUACCGUUGUGCUUACCUCGGGCUCCCGUAAUUUUAAUGGGGUUGUUGGAGUAUACAUUGUCUCAUGAAACGAUUCCUGUAUUUGUGAUAAUAACGAUUAUUGUUAUACCGAAAUCAUGCGCAACACUCGUUACCUGUCAUCUUUGGAUAUAUUAAUGGCAAAAUUUCUUCAUAAUU